UCCGCGUCUUCUUUCCCAACGAACAAAUUUACAAGUUUCAGUCCAUUCGUAUUCAUUCUCAUUUUCUUAUUGUUCGAACCAGAAAAUGCCGAAGCGUAGAACGAAGAAAUCUGCAAAAGCACGCGAAUCAAUACCAGACUCUCAAAUUCGGAAGCAACCACCUCAAUUCAUGGACCUCGAAAUCCAAGAGAUGGAGAGAGAAAUUGGAACGAUUAGGGCGCGUCGCGACGCGGAUAUCAAGCACUGGCUCACGGAACUGCGAUUGUUGCGCUCGCGUUUCAGCAGCGAGGAGCUUCGGAAACCUGUGUUGCAGGUUUUUGAAGAAACCCUGCCUAAUCUCUCUCUCGUGAUCGACGAACGCAACAAGAAUAUAGAAGUGAAAUGGAGAGAAAAAGAGGGUUGUAACGAUGGAAUGGAUGUCCGCGCUUCUUUGUUCCAAGGAUUCAUUGCAUCCAUCUCUCGUUUUCCAGGCUUUGACUAUUCUGCCAGUGCAGGGAGAAUGAGCUUUAUUGGUGCUGAUAACCUUCAAUUCAAGGACAAUGCUUUGGAGGAGUCAUCUGACACCCACACUAUAGCAGUACAGGAAGGUCUUCAGACUCCCGGGGUGACAAGUCAAAGGUUUUCUAUUGGGAUGACACCCGGAACACUUAGAGUGCCCAAACCUGGCGAGAUGCUUUUCUCUGUUCAUCAAUCACCUCUAGGUGUUUUCAAGGAAAAUAAUAUGGAAGCCAUACAUGAGUCAGAAGAGGGUUGAAUGUUUUCUAAUAAAUCUGUUGUCCUCCAAGAACAAGCUCUGGAGGUUUUUACGUGUCUCAUCAAUGUAAAUUAUGGCCUGUUAUUUAUUUUUCAGUCAGCAUUGCCUACU